AUUGGCAGCAAAACAAAGUAGAAUAAGAAAUAUUUCAAAUACAGUAAUGAAAGUAAAGCAGAUCCUUGGCAGAAGCCAGAAAUGCGGUCCUUGGACCUGGCUUCUCAACAAUUAGCCCCGAGAGGGAAGAAUCGGCUGGCUCCUGGAAGUACACUGAGAGCACACAGAGCCUCCCCACACCUUCAGACUUCCACCUUGCUGCCCAGGAGCUUCCUGCAGCUAGCCUUCCUUCCCAGUCCACUAUGGCCAGUUCCAAUAGCAGUGCGGGCAUCCGGUGGUCCAGACAGGAGACUCGAACUCUUCUCUCCAUACUAGGCGAGGCAGAGUAUAUCCAGCGCCUCCAGACUGUGCAUCAUAAUGCAGAUGUCUAUCAGGCUGUGUCUAAGCGAAUGCAGCAGGAAGGCUUCCGCCGCACCGAACGUCAGUGCCGCUCCAAGUUUAAAGUUCUGAAGGCGUUAUAUUUAAAGGCGUAUGUUGCCCAUGCCACGAGUAUGGGUGAUCCACCACACUGUCCAUUUUAUGAUACGUUGGAUCAGCUUCUCCGAAAUCAGGUAGUGACUGACCCAGACAACUUAAUGGAGGAUGCUGCUUGGGCCAAGCACUGUGAUCAGAACUUAGUGGUCUCUGACACCCCAGGGGAAGGGGGAGCCAACAUUCUCAGAGCAAACAGGACUCAGGCAGCACAUCAUCAGCCUGUCUCGAAAACAGUUAAGGAAUCAGAUGAGGAUUGUCAACUGAGAAUCAGUGACCAGAUGCGAGAAACCAGUGACCUUGAGGACUCCUGGGAUGAAUCCUCGGGUGCAGGGUGCUCUCAAGGGACCCCCAGCUACAGCAGUUCCCACCACCUUUUCAGAGGUGCAGUUGCUCCCUGUCAGAGCAGCCCCAUGACCAGACUGGCUGUGUCCGGUGAGCCCAGUCCCUGCGCCAGUACCAGCCGAAACACUCCUGGGGUGGCCUCCACACAGCGGCCUCCGGUCGUCUCCUCCAGAGUUCCUUUUGUUUCUGGUGGGGAUAGGCCUUUGACCAGUGAGCCCCCUCCAAGGUGGGCAAGGCGAAGAAGGCGGUCAGUGGCCAGGACUAUUGCAGCUGAGUUGGCAGAAAACAGGAGGUUGGCACGAGAACUUUCAAAGCGUGAGGAAGAAAAGUUGGACAGGCUGAUUGCUAUUGGUGAGGAGGCCAGUGCUCAGCAAGACACUGCCAACGAGCUCCGCAGGGAUGCUGUGAUCGCAGUCAAACGCUUGGCAACAGCAGUCGAAGAGGCCACCGGUGCUUUUCAGCUAGGGCUUGAAAAAUUGCUUCAGAGGCUAAUUUCAAAUACCAAAAGUUAGGAAUUGAUUACAAAAGAGUCUCCUUCCUAGACUGGUAGAAGCCCAGUUCCAACACCUGCCUUUUGGCACCCUGGCUCCUUUUACAGGUCCUUCGGGAAAAAAGAGUGGAUGAACCGUUAAUACGCAGAGUGGCAGGAAGAUCCGUGCUAGUUGCUUUUCCCAAGCUUCUCCACUAAUGGAAAGACCUCUGGGAUGUGUGAGGAGUGGUCUAAUAGAAAACAGGUGGAGCCGAGUCCAGAGAGCUCGUGAGCUGUGGCUUUCCCACUGAAGCGAGGCAGUUGAGUUUCCCUCUACACCAGUUUCCUCAUCUGUAGAAUGGGGGCUAGGUGAUAACUCCUGACCUGCCUACCUCACAGGGUUGUUGUGAGGAUCAAAUGGCUAAUAGAUGUGAAAGGGUUUAGAAGUUUGAAAGCACUACACACUGUACCCGUGUAAGUUAUUAAUGUAUACGACCUUGGCCAAGGUAAGGCUAGGGUGAGGCACAUUAGUUGACAAGAUAGAGAAUUAUGGUGUAUACGAUGACCUCAUUGCUUGAAUCUUCACUAGUUUAACUUGACUGCUUCUUGUAAGAUCUUCAUUUUUUUAAUUCCUCUAUAUAGCUCAUUAGACUAAGGUAGAUCCACGGAUUUGUACUUUUAUCUCUUAUGUUUUCACUGCUGUGUCUAUGACAUACCUGCUAGUAAGCACUCAAUGGUCAAACCAUCAUUCUCUCCAUUUUACUAGUUCUUAGUGUCUUAUCACUAUAAGGAUAUAAUUCAGAACGGACAGGGAGCCACAGUUGUGUGUUUUGAUUCAUAUUGAUAAUCUUCAAUAUAAUGAGGUAUUGGCUGUUUUAUAAAAUAUUAAAUGUAAGUAAAUUCUUUGCAUUCCAUAUCAUUUGGGUCCCUUUAUAUGCAUAAUUACAUAUCUUUAGGUUGGGUGUCAUUUGAACAACACGUGGAAACAAUUUAGAAUCUGUUUUCCAAAUGCUUUUAGCUACUUUCUUUUCUGUUAGCCUUUUUUUUCUGUCUCGUAUGUUACAGAAGGCAAGCCUUAGAAAACUUUCCUUCUAGGGAACUUUCUGAAGUCAUUUUUUCCUCAUAUUCUGUAGACAGAUGUUCACUUUGUUAAUGGCACAUGGUGGAAGAGGACAGCUUUGGGAACGAUUGAGGAUGGUGUGGAUAAAGACGGCCUGCAGUAGAUAACUCCUUUUAAGCACAAAGCCCUCAACAAACACACCCCCUUUCCCCCCAAAACAUACACACUUCCUCUAGGAGAUACGAAGGUGUUGAGCCAUACUUUUCCGUUUACUUUAGAAGGAAUGCCAUUACUGGCCAUCAUUAAACUAACUAACUUAAAGCUUUUAAGUGGUUUACUUAGUACUUUCAGGAAAUACAAAUAGGAGCCUUGGAAUUUAAAAGGCUUUCCUCCAGUCUACAGGCUAAAAAAAAAAUAAAUAAAACAAGUGCAGGCAUGUUUGAGGAGAUUUUGUUUUACAUUUUGUAGGCUUGGGUGCUUACCUAAAAGCCAGCAAUAUAGAUAGGUAGAGAAGUAGUCAAAACACCAGUGGGAGUAUACCUGGAACCAUGAAUAGAUGGCAAGCACGCAAGCUGCUCUGAUAAACGGGUGGUGAAUGUAGAGAGCAGCUGGUGUGGUAGAACACACUGGACUCCAGUUAGAACUGGAUUCUAUCCCUGUCGCAGUUUGUUACGUCGGGCAGAUGACUCGCCCUUUUUGUGCCUCAGUUUCUUUAAAAUGAGAGAUUUGUACUAGAUGACUUUUCUAAUACCUUCCAGUUCUAAAAAAAAUUCUGUGAUAAGUGGCAUAACAAAGGCAAAGUAAAAUUUUAAUUGCAAUGUUUUCAGUCACAGCCACACACUGUAUGUUUGAAUUAGUGGUAACAAUUGUAUUUUAAGGAAGCAUUCUGUGGUAUUAAUAUUUAUUAAUAUACUCAGCUUAAAUAAGCACCACACCAUACAUAGGUUCCUUGCUUUAAAGAAGCAUAUAUUAAGGCAGUGAAAUGGAUAUAUAUCUAUAUAUGUGCAUUUUCUCAAUUGUUUUAGGCCUUUAUAUGGAGGGAUCUGUGUCAUUUAUAACUGGAUAACACUAAUGUAGAUACGUAGACUUUCUGGAAAAACAGGGAAGUACUUGAAGAAGAGUUAGACCUGUACUAUAUUCUAUUAAGGGUAGCAAAGUACAUAGGCAGGGAUUUAUUUGAGAUAGGAGAAGUGCUAAAAGAACAAAAGUGGAGUUAAACUCGGAAGGUAGUAUUGCGAAAAUCUUUUGGGCGAAAUAACGUUAAUGUGAGAAUAAAGUUAAAGGGAAAGUUCCUAAUGAAAUAAACAGAUAAAGGGGCGAAAUAUUGUUAAGAGGAGGCCAUGUGAGUGAGAACAAGCUCAGAAAUCCUGCCUAAGCUCUAGGCCCAGCCAUUUGUCCCUGCCCGUCCUUUGGCAGGUCAUUUUACCAUUCUGUGACUCAGGUUCCUCACCUACAGAGGGAGAAACCAGUAACGCUCCUACCUACCUCCCAGGAAUGUUGUGAGGGCCAAAUGAACAGAUGAAUGUAAAAACGCUUUCAGACACGGAAGGCACUGUGUUGUGACAGGAACGGGGAAGAAGACCCUGGGGCACGUUAGUGCUGCCGUGUGCCAGGUCCCACAGCCUGCUGUCGGUACAAGAGACCUUUAAGGAAGGACGAGGAAGAGGAAGUGGCGUUGCUUGUAGAGGUGGUGAUACAGUGGUGGGAUUAACACUCUGCCUUCUAACGACCAUGAUGUAAAUGAGGUGCUGUGUAUGCCAACUUCCCACCGUCCUUUGUGUUUCUGUUACAUGAUUUAAUCCUGGUGUGAACAAAUAAAGUUUUUACUUGUAUGUACUUGUGGGUCAGUCCACUGCUUUCUGGCGAUAUCCAUGACCAUUUGUCGUCACCUCCAUACUCUGCUUGCUUUUUCUUACUAACUAGUCUCCAGGG